GGAUUAGGAGGCGGCGUAGGAAGCGGCGUAGGAGGCGGUGUUGGAGGCGGUUUAGGAGGCGGCGUAGGAGGCGGCGUAGGAGGCGGUUUAGGAGGCGGCGUAGGAAGCGGCGUAGGAGGCGGUUUGGGAGGCGGCGUCCACGGAGGAGGCGGUUUAGGAAGCGGCGUUGGAAGCGGUUUGGGAGGCAGCGGUUUAGGAGGCGGCUUCCAAGGAGGCGGAUUAGGAGGCGGUUUAGGAAGCGGCGUAGGAGGCGGUUUGGGAGGCGGCGUCCACGGAGGAGGCGGUUUAGGAAGCGGCGUUGGAGGCGGUUUGGGAGGCAGCGUCCACGGAGGAGGCGGAUUAGGAGGCGGCUUCCAAGGAGGCGGAUUAGGAGGCGGUUUAGGAAGCGGCGUUGGAGGCGGCGUCCACGGAGGAGGCGGAUUAGGAGGCGGUUUGGGAGGCGGCAGAGGAAGCGGCGUUGGAAGCGGUUUGGGAGGUGGCGUCCACGGAGGAGGCGGUUUGGGAGGCGGCGUAGGAAGCGGCGUAGGAGGCGGUUUUGGAGGCGGUUUGGGAGGCGGCGGAGGAAGCGGCGUUGGAAGCGGUUUGGGAGGCGGCGUCCUCGGAGGAGGCGGUUUGGGAGGCGGCGUCCUCGGAGGAGGCGGUUUGGGAGGCGGCGGAGGAAGCGGCGUUGGAGGCGGAUUAGGAGGCGGUUUAGGUGUUGGUCUCCGUCCUCAGGCCAGGCCAAGCUCCUGCAGGUACUGGUGCACCACUCCCGAGGGCAAAAAGUACUGCUGCGAGACGAAGGAGGAAGUUGAGACACCUGUUGGCACCAAGCCACUCAAUUGCCCGCAAGUCCGUCCCACAUGCCCACGCUUCCAAGGCCCCCCCACUACCUGUUCGAACGACUACAAGUGCGCUGGCCUCGAUAAGUGCUGCUUCGACAGGUGUUUGGGAGAACACGUGUGCAAGCCUCCUUCUUUCUACGGAAGGAAUGUUAAAGGAUGACGGGAAUAAAUAAAAUGGCCUACUGACAGACAACCGAUGUUUUUGGGAUUUGGGACCACUGAUGUUCAGUCUACUGUCAUGUCAAGUACCCAGCAAUCUGAGAGUACUAUUAUCUGUAAAAAACAAACAAAAAAACAAUAAUAAUAAAUGUAGCAGGGAACUCCUCCUUUCUGUUGUAUUUAUAUAAUUGAACCUUUGUUUAUAUCAAAAGAAACUUAGAAUGAAG